ACUUGAAUAUUACUUAAGUAAUUACAAAAAUUAUUUAUUUAAAAAAAAUUAAAAUUCUAAAAUAAAAAAAAAUGGCAAAAACAAUUUGUACAAUAUUCGCUUUUGCAUUACUCGUAGUGAGCUAUGUAGUAAAUGUUAAUAGUCAACAACCACCGAAAUUCAAUUUUGAUCCGCCAAAACAACCAAAUAAUGAUUUUAAAGUAUUUGGUGGUGGUGGCGGUUCAUCAAAACAAGGAUUAGAUUUAAAUCUUGGUGCACAAACUAAAUUGUGGGAAAGUCAAAAUGGAAGAAAUACAUUACAUGGUACCGGUACUUAUUCACAACAUUUAGGCGGACCAUAUGGAAAUAGUAAACCAAAUUUUGGCGGUGGAGUGACAUUUACACAUCAUUUUGGUUAAUAACACAAAUUCAUGAUAUUUUUAUAAGAUAAAUUUAAGAAAUGUAUUUAUGAAUAAAAGAUAUUAUUUUUGAAAUUUUUAA